AUGGAGCUAAACUCCCACAUCAUCGAAGCAGUGAUAGCAACGGGCCCUCACACCGGCAAACGUCUGUUCAUCCCCCAGAUUCCUCUGAUGCCUUCGGACAACCAGUUUCUCUUCCAGUUAUGGCGCAGGCCGUUUCCCAUCAACCUGGCCUUCUCAUUCACUGCAAACAAGUCGAAGGGCCAGACUUUGGAUCGUGUUGAUGGAUAUGCUGAAGAAAACAUCGAGCCUUCAAGGCGUAGCGGCAGAAUAUCAGCUGGGUUAUGGGGAUGGAUGGCUGCCAGUGGACCGGGAGAGCUAAUUGUCAUCGAUGAGCGUAUGAACAGUAAUCAGUAUAUUGCAAUUUUACAUGGACAAAUUUUAGUGCCCUCAGUUCGAAAACUAUUACUGCCGUAUCCCAUGCCAAUAUAUAUCGCCAUGGACAAUUCUGCGGUCCACAAUGCAAAGGCUGUAAAGAAAUGGUUUCAGCAAAAUCCAGACGUGGUUCGAAUUGAUUGGCUGCGAAGUCUGCAGAUCUGA